AUGGAGGACACACUAGCACCGGAGGAUUCUUCGGAACCAACGACCGUAGCCCCGGUCUAUGUAGUCGACUGGGGGUCCUACUCGUGGAGCACCACCGUGGCCACCACCACCACCACCGCCGCCAGCAAGCAGUCCUCGGGCCCCAUGGGUGUGGGGAUCAUCGUCCUGAUCGUGUUCGUGGUGCUCCUGUGCUGCCUGUUCAUCAUCUGCCUGCCGCUCCUCUGCCUGUGCGGCUGCUGCGGACUGGCCUGCUCCGCCUGCUUCACCUGCGGCGAUGGAUGCUGCGGCGAUGGGGGCGAGGGAGGAGGCGGUGAUGGAUGCUGCGGCGAUGGAUGUGGCGAUGAUUGCUGCGGAGAUGAUUGCUGCGGCGACAAGGGGGGCGGCGGAGGGGAGGAAUGUUGCGACGGCUGCGGGGACUGCAACGUAGACGAUGAUUAA